CCGCUUGCCGUCCGCUCCAAAGACGCGGCGCCUUCUUCGACUGGUUGGUUUAAAACUGCUCCGUGCCUCGUCUUCUCUUCGCGCUCGCAGGCGAUCAUGUCUCCCCUCGUGGCUCGGACGCUCUUGGCCGCCGUCUCCGCUCUGGCCAUUGGCCUCUUCGUUUCUACCGGCGCCCAAGAAGAUCGGCGGUCCCCGUCGGUCGGCGGCCCCUUCGCUCAGGAUCUCUUCGCCGUCUUCGGAGGGAACCGGAGCCUCUCGAGCGAACAGGUGGGCCAGAUGCUGCAGCAUCUGGGCGCCCGGGAGAAACAGAGCAAGUUCUUGGUCCCGGGAUCGCUGGCGCAUCUGCAUUACAACCAGUGCAUGUCUUCAGAUGAUAUUUUUUCUCUGUAUGGAAUAUCAAACGGGACCAGGAUAAUAGAAUCCACCUUCUCUACAAUAUGCCCUGCUGUCUUACAACAAAUGAUUUUUCACCCCUGUGAAAAAUCUGCUCCCAAAGGUAGUUCCAAGCCAUCUCCUACAGAAGUUUGGGGUUUUGGAUUCCUUGCCGUGACUAUAAUCAGCCUUGCAUCACUUCUUGGAUUGGUUUUAACACCUCUUUUAAAGAAGGACUAUUUCCCUAAGAUUUUAACCUACUUUGUAGGUUUGGCCAUUGGAACACUCUUCUCUAAUGCAAUUUUUCAACUUAUUCCAGAGGCAUUUGGAUUUGAUCCCAAAGUAAACAACUACGUUGAAAAAGCAGUUGCAAUUUUUGGUGGAUUCUACAUUUUAUUCUUUGUGGAAAGAGUUCUUAAAAUGUUAUUGAAGACCUAUAGUCAAAUGGGCCACAGCCACAAUCAUUUUGAACCCGAAGAACUGAAACUUCCUCAAGAUUGUUCUGUUCCUCCUGCUCCUGUAGAAUCAAUCAAAUCAGUUAAUGGAACCAUGUGCUAUGCAAAUCCAGCUGUAGCAGAAGCUAAUGGAAACUUGGGUUUUGAUAAUGUCAGUGUGAUCUCUGGACAGAAAGAAGAAAUGCAAAGUAGUUCAUGCAAAUGUUUCAAAGGGCCUUCCCUAUCUGAGAUUGGUACAAUUGCCUGGAUGAUCACAUUAAGCGAUGCUUUGCACAACUUCAUUGAUGGAUUAGCCAUUGGAGCUUCUUUCACACUUUCCCUACUUCAGGGAAUUAGCACAUCUAUAGCAAUCUUAUGUGAAGAGUUUCCUCAUGAAUUAGGGGAUUUUGUCAUCCUUCUUAAUGCAGGAAUGAGCACAAGGCAGGCCUUGUUUUUCAAUUUUUUAUCAGCAUGCUCCUGUUAUAUUGGCCUAGUUUUUGGCAUAAUUGUAGGCAACAACUUUGCUCCAAACAUCAUUUUUGCAGUAGCUGGAGGCAUGUUUCUAUACAUCUCCCUUGCAGAUAUGUUCCCAGAGUUGAACGACAUGUUGAGAGAGAAAGUGACUGGAAGAAAAACAGAUCUCGUUUUUUUCCUGAUUCAAAAUGCUGGCUUGCUCACAGGGUUCACUGCAAUUCUACUCAUCACUCUCUAUGCAGGAGAGAUUGAACUGGAAUAAUGUAAGAAAGAAGGCAAUUUAGUAGAUGAAAAUGGAAGAACUUCAUAAAGGAACUUGAAAGUAAUAAAGGCACCUCGUUUGCUUCCGUCACGGAACACAACUCUUUUUUCAUAAAAAUAAUAUAUAAAUAUAAAAAUAAUAUAUAAAAA